CUAACUCAAAGUUUGUCUAAAGCCGGAGUCAGGCUUCAUGUAGGGGUGCUAAAUCAGUAGGAGUGCGCUAAGCGCUUCGGUCGCUGAGGAAAUGAAGAGGAGGCUACAGAAGAAAUAUCUCAUAUUAAUUAUAGUGUACUCUGUAUUGCUCCUGUUCAUUCCUUAUGUGUUGGAGUACAGAAAUAGAAGAGCUCAGGUCCGGAAUGAACUGCCACUAUCAAAAUGCCCCGAUUUGGAAACCACAAUGGAGUUAUGGAAUAUUGGAGAUAAAUCCAGCAACGAAUCUGAGACGGUGGAAAAUUUUAUCAAUAGGAGCCAAACGAAAACACACAUUUAUCUUCAUGCAACUUGGAGAACAGGCUCAUCUUUUUUAGGGGAGUUAUUUAACCAGCAUCCUGAUGUGUUUUAUUUGUAUGAACCCAUGUGGAAUAUGUGGCAGACCCUGUACCCGGGUGAUGCAGGGAGUCUCCAAGGAGCGGUGAGGGACAUGAUGAACUCCCUCUACCGCUGCGAUUUCUCCGUUUUAAAACUCUACACGGGCAACAAAAACCUCACUACCUCACUUAUCUUCGGAUGGAAGACGAACAAGGUGAUCUGCUCCGAGCCUCUGUGCAGUGCUCACAGGAGAGACGACGUUGGGCUGAUAAACGGAGAGGUCUGCGGCAAGUGCCAACCUAAAGACAUCAGGGAAUUAGAGAGAGAGUGCAAGAAGUAUCCCGUUGUUGUCAUAAAAGACGUGCGGGUCCUGGAUCUUGGUGUCCUGGUUCCUUUGAUUAGGGACCCCGGGCUGAACCUCCAGGUGAUUCAGCUGUUCAGAGACCCCCGGGCGGUCCACAAUUCCAGAUUGAAAUCUAAACAGGCACUGGUGAAAGAAAGCAUUCAAGUGCUGAGAAGCAGGAAACAGACGGAAAAAUACAGGCGCCUUCUCAUACCCAACAGGUCCACGCGAGUGGAGAUUUAUGUAUCUACCGCUAUGGAGGUGAUAUGCGAUAACUGGCUCAACGACAUAUUGCACAUCAUGAACGCACCCCAAUGGGUAAGAAGGAACUACCUUCACCUGCGCUAUGAGGACCUUGUGUUACACCCAGUGCGGGAACUGAAGAGGCUGUACAGUUUCUCCAAUCUGACCUCUUCGCCAGCCAUUGAAAAGUUCGUGAUAAACAUGACCCAUGGCGAGGGUUACUCUUCGGACAGGCCCUUUCUUAUUUCGUCAAGGGAUGCCAAGGAAGCCAUUUACGCUUGGAGAGAGAGGUUAAGCGUUGAACAGGUCGCUCAAGUCGAGAAAUAUUGCGGCGAGGUCAUGCGUAAGCUGGGGUAUCAGAAAACAAACGUGGACAAAACAUAGAGGCGAACGAAAAUGUGAACAAAGGAGCCUGAUGCACACAACAGGAGAGCACGCUAGCUUCAGUGUGUCACUACUGACAUGUGAGCCCAGAGGAACAAUGUAAAGAUGACUACAGUAGCAGGGCAUUUUCUCUUCAGAGUGCUGUGGCACCUUCCUGACAAGGACAUGAGUCUCAUUAAAUAACUAGAACAUACAUGCAGUAAUGUAGACAGAGAGACAACGCCUUCAGCUCCACAUGUACUGCGUAUGUUUAACGAGGGAGUUCAGACAGCAAUACCAGAAGGCUGCCUACAGUUUGUGCUGACAUGCAAGUUUAAUCUGUUCUAAUCCACUCUCAAUCCUGCGCUGGCACUGCUCAAGGGAAGGGCAAGAUUAUCUGGGAUACAGCAUCUGACAUCCCCUGAAGCUAAACUAUAGAAGAUUCUCCCUUUCUGUCUUUCAUUAACAUUUCUGAUUAAGAACUGCUUUUCGCACUGAGAGAUACUGAGGUAUGAUAGUCACACACAUGUGGAAAUAGUGGUAUACACACUGCACUUUAGUACAGUGGAAAACAUGCAUGCUGUAGCAUUUUGAUAACAGACUGUUCAUUAACAAAUGGCAUUACUUCUAAAUAUUUGAGCAUGCAGUUUACCCAGACGUUUAUUUUGUGUAAUGGCUAGUGAAUUAAUGAAGCCCUGCUACAUUUGGAUCUGAGCAAGGUGUCACAGUUCAGCAGUUUGAGUAACAAACAAGGUGUGGAGAUGUUAAUUAGUUACAAAGCAGUGCUCUUCCUCUCCUCCUGGGAUCCUGGGAGUAUUUUAUACAGCUCCCCAGGAAUUUAGCAGGAUCUUAACAGUUGCAUCUAAAGAUUAAAGAUCUCAGCCAUUGUGGAACAAGUCUUUUUCUGUCCAUAUACAGAAAAGUCAGAAAGGCCCUCAAAAACAUAAUCCUGGAACAUGGAGUUUCACCUUGAUAUGACCUCACCCCGUUGGAUAUACUAUAUAUAUAUAUUAUAGUUUUCCUAUUUUUCUUGUCUUUAAAAUAUUCUAGGAGAGAUUUCAAGACUAUAAGAAUUGAAAACUGACAUGCAUCAUACCAAAAGCACCUUAGAAUGUUUUCUUUCAUUAAUCACACGCUCCCUCAGACCUAGACAAUCCAUACCAAAUUUUUAGUUCAUUUCUUUUUCAAGACAAGCAUUAAAAAAGGAAUUAAUUGGAGCCUAAGCAAACACCUUUAUUCCUUUUGCGGUAUAUAAAAAGUCAGAAUAUCUGCAGAAGAGAAAUCGGAGAGUCACAAACGUCAAUCUUGACAAGAACUCUAGAAAAUCCUGGUUUACAGAGAGCAUCGUAGAUUUAUAAUGGGUACAGUUUGUCCUUGAAAACAGUGAAUUUCUGAAAGCUGUAGAUAAACGAGACUGGUGGAAAAAUUAAAAUGAGACUAUUAGCCCAUGCAGAUUUAUCUCGGUUCUAAAUGUAUGGUUUCAGUAACUGGCAAAAAUAGAAAAGUGAACAAGUAUAAAAUGAGAAUGCAGACAACCAACCGUUUUAUAAACAAUUUCUGAAGUCCGCAUAUCUAAGAGCCAAAUAUGGCACCACAGCCAGCAGUCCCUUCAUGCUCGUAUAAAAGCUUUUCCAUCUUAUACAUUAUACAAGUAUUAUCUGUCUAAUGUAUUAUCUUAUGCAAGUAUUGAAUCACUUGCUGAAACCAUGUCAUCAUGUGAAAGUCAACGUGUCUAACUUCAAAACUCCCACUGCGGUAUUUUGAAAUUUCACUCAUGUCUCCAUUCUCCUUUGUGCAAUACUUUGUGACUACUCCUUCUGUUGCCUGUCUUUGUAAAAACAAACCUCUGGCCUCUCAAUGUCCUGUGAUUUGUCAAGAGGGUCACAAGGACCACAAAGAAACCAGAAAUGUUUUUUAGUUUUUGUUUUCUUGGGGAAAUAAAAGGCAACUUACUGCCAUAGGGAGAACCAAAGAAGAGGGUUCUGGGGCAGGUCUUCGGUGUUUUCAGUGAUUGAUGCGUUUGUCUGUUCAUUUGUCAGACACAGGAAUUCCUGUCCAGACUAGCACUGUCUUUCCCUUUUAUAGUUCUGUAUCUGCACACAACUUUGUACAAGUAUUUUUAAAAAGCACCAAAGUGUUAAAUGCAGAAUGUACCAUAUUCCUGAGUUACACACAACCCAGAUGGAUGCAACAGUGUCUCUGACAAAAAGGCUUUCAGUUCCCACCUGACUAUGUGUUAGCCUGAGUUUUUUUUAAUUACCAUUGCAACACAAUUAAUGAAAAAGAAGAUUGCUGCAUUGGACUCAAAAGAAUGGAUGUUGCUGAGGAGCAAUGGGGCUUACAUAGCCCCCUCUUUUAUUUAUUAAACUGAUUAAAUAGAAAA